ACCGUCGAGUUAAUUUGCUUCGCGAUUAUCAAAAAAAUUGUUACAAUGUUGGUGGAAUUUUUACUUCUCAUCGCGGCAGCGCUUUUCGCCAAGUUCAUCAUCGACAAGGGAUACAAGAAUGAAAACUACUUCAAGGAAAGAGGAGUGAAAUACUUGCAACCGAAUUUCCUGGUUGGAAAUUCGGGAAAUCUCUUUACACGCAAAAGAUCCAUACUGAAAUGGACGUUAGAUUUGUAUUCAGCAUUUCCACAAGAUAAAUUUGUUCACAGAAUCAGCGGAAUCUUCGACUUCAGAUCACCUGUGCUGCUUGUCAAAGAUCCUGAGCUUAUCAAGCAUCUUGCGAUUAAGGAGUUCGAUCACUUCGUGAAUCGCCGAAAUAUCUUUGCUGAUGAAAGUGAUCCGGCCAUUUAUAAAUCCCUUUUCUUACUGAAAGAAGACGAUUGGCGUGACAUGAGAGCCACUCUGAGUCCAGCGUUCACUGGAAGCAAGAUGCGAUUGAUGUUCGAACUCAUUUCUGAGUGUUCGAAUCAAAUGGUUGCGUUUGUCAACAAGGAGACGAAGGGAAAGGGAAUUCAGACGUACGAAAUGAAGGACUUUUGCUCUCGCAUGUCAAAUGACAUUAUUGCAACGUGUGCUUUUGGCAUUCAAGUCAAUUCGCUGAAAGAGCAGAAGAACGAAUUCUACUUGAACGGGAAAGAUUUAACGAAUCUUGCUAAAAUGUCUCGUUUAGUGAAACUCCUCGUAAUGUUAAUAUUUCCAGUAAUAUGCAAAGCCUUGAAGGUAAAGUUAUUUUCACGACAACUAAUUUCGUUCUUUAGAAGAGCGAUUCUGGAUGCAAUGCAAUAUCGUGAGAAGAACAACAUAAUUCGUCCUGACAUGAUUCAUUUGCUGAUGGAAGCCAAGAAAGGAAGAUUAACGCAUCAGACUUCGGAUAAAGAAAUUGAUUCUGCCGGAUUCGCAACUGUUGAAGAGUCUCAAAUCGGAAAGCAAGAAGGAAAGAAAGAUCUUUCAGAUGAUGAUAUUUUGGCGCAAUGUUUAAUAUUCUUCAUUGGCGGUUUUGACACAGUUUCGACGUCUUUAUCAUUUCUGUGUUACGAAAUGGCUUCAAAUCCAGACGUUCAAGAGAGACUUUAUGAAGAGAUUCUGAACACGAACAAACAGUUCGAUGGAAAAGUUAUAAAUUAUGAUACUCUGCAGAAGAUGAAGUAUCUUGACAUGGUGGUUUCGGAAAACCUUCGCAAAUGGACUCCAAUUCCUUUCUUCGACAGAGUUUGUACGAAAGAAUACGUUCUGGAUUGCGGAGAUGGCUUAAAAUAUUCAUUCAAAAAAGGAGACAUUUUCAUUGUGUUCACCGGAGCUUUGCAUUAUGAUCCUCAAUACUUUCCGAAUCCUGAGAAAUUCGAUCCCGAACGAUUCAGCGACGAAAACAAGGAUCAAAUCGUUCCAGGAACUUACUUGCCAUUCGGAUUAGGGCCCAGAAAUUGCAUUGGAGUGAGAUUCGCUUUGAUGGAAGUCAAAUCUCUUCUAUACUAUUUAAUCCUGAACUUCAAGAUUGAGCCCAACGAGAAGACGCAAAUUCCGCUGAAACUGUCCAAAAACUCUGCAAUGGUAUCUGAAAAGGGAAUCUGGGUCCAACUUACGCCGAGAUGCAAAGAAUAAUUCGUGAUAUUUAAUCAUUGUAUUCAUUAGAGAAUUUUGUACGUUAAAUUGACAUACAAAUGCAACUGGAAAGAAUAAAGUAACAUUCAUUCAU